CAACUCCUUUAUAAUUCAAUUAGCAACCAUAUUGUCCCUCCACCAAUAGACAAAAAAUUCACUAGUUUUUUCUUCCAACUUAUUAUCCGAAAUUUCUCAUUGUUCAAACAAUACUAGUUUGUGUAUAGUUCCGUGAUCAAAUCAACUUAUUUGCAUCUCAACUAUUUCAUUCUAUGGAUCCAACACACACCAAGACCAACUCCGGAGCCAGUAAGCCCAAUAGUCAUCCAAAACCGACCAAAUCCGAGCUGAUGUCCAGCGCAAAGCUAGUGGCUGACGCGGCCAAAGCAAAGCUCCAUCACGAUCAAAAAAAGGUGGAAAAAGCGGAGCUCGCUGGAGCCGCCGCUGACCUCCUUAACGCCGCCUCUCAGUACGGCAAACUAGAAGAUAAAAGUAUGGGAAAGUUUGUUGGUAAAGCAGAGACUUAUCUCCACAAAUACGAAACUUCUCAUUCCACAACCACAACCACUAAUACUGCCACCGGCACCACCACCACCACCACCACCUCUACGACUGAACACACGCAGUCGUCGGGGCAUACAGGAGGAAAACAUGAACAAUCUGGAAGUGGAUAUGGUGAGUAUAUUAAAAUGGCUGAGGGAAUUUUCAAGAAACAUUCUGAUGGGACACACUCAUCGGAAUCCGGUAAUGAUCAUGGCCAUGGUGGAGGUAAAAAAGGAGAGUAUCUUAAGAUGGCUGGAGAAUUCUUGAAGAAGCAUUGACAUGUACCAUAGAAGAUUAUCUGAUUUUCUCUUUUCUAAUUAAAACUUCAAAUUAUGUUUUUACUGUUUUUUUCCUGCAGUUGUAGAAAUUUGGCUAUAGUUGGUAGUGGAUGGAUGUAAUUUGUAAUGUGUGGCCUAGGUUGUAUCAGCACUAGUGUGGUGCUAGCCAAUGAAAAUAAAUUUGUCCUAGAGAAAGUACAUAAGUUGCGCCGUACAGUAAUUUGAAAAAGUUAUUUA